CGAUUCCCCUCCCCCUCCCCCUCCCUCUCCCUCUCUCUCUCUCUCUCUCGGUCGACAGUUCACUUUGAAGUUCGGCGGACCGCAGUGGAAUGCUCAAAUCUUUGAUUUCAUUAUUCAUACGUAGCAGAUAAGAAUUGACAAUGAUGUCCACGAAGUUUCUUAUCGCCUCCACUGCACCUCCGCCCUCGCUGCCUCAUCCCGAAUUCCACCGCCAAGUUGAACCCGGGUUUCUUAUCUUUAGCCGUGUCUUCUCGUUUCGUCUGAACUGUCUACACCGCCACCCUCAGCGAGCCGUGGGGCGGGUGCAUGAGAGGCGUUUUGCAAGCAUUUCUUCUUCAACUAAUCAAGGAACAACCUCGGUUGGCACUAAUCCACAAGUCUCAGUACUGCCACCACCGUCGGGGUCGCCUCUCUUUUGGAUCGGAGCAGGCGUAGGGCUUUCAGCACUAUUUUCAUGGGUUGCGAUGUACUUAAAGAAAUAUGCAAUGCAACAAGCUUUCAAGACGUUAAUGGGACAGAUGAAUUCUCAAAAUAACCAAUUCAACAAUGCAGCUUUUCCUUCGGGGUCACCUUUUCCAUUUCCAAUGCCUUCGACACCAGUGCCUUCCACCUCAACAACUCCAGCUGCUUCUAGAUCUGCAGUUACAGUAGAUGUGCCAGCAACAAAUGUAGAGGCUACACCAGCAACUAUUGCCAUAGAUGAAACAGAAGUAAAAAGGGAAUCAAAGAAGCCUGCUUUUGCAGAUGUUUCUCCGGAAGAAGCUGAGCAAAAGAGUCCUUAUGAAAGCUUUAAGGAUGUCACCGGAACAAGUUCAUCCAAGGACACUCAGACUGCAGGGACGGUUUCCCAAAAUGGAGCUGCAUCUAAGCCUGUUGAUGGUUCCCAAUGGUCCAAAUCUACCAGUACCUCUGCUGGUUUUGAGGGCACGCCAUCUCCCGGAAAAUCUAUUUUGUCAGUGGAAGCUUUGGAGAAAAUGAUGGAAGAUCCAGCAGUGCAGAAGCUUGUUUAUCCAAAUAACAUGAUGAGUGAAAAUGAUUCUUUCAAAAAUUUUGAUCUCAACAGUCCUGAGCUUAAGCAGCAGUUUGAUCAAAUUGGGCAUUCACCUGAAGAAGCUUUUGUAAAAAUCAUGGCCGAUCCUGAACUUAGACUAGCCUUCCAAAACCCAAGAAUUCAAGCAGCGAUCAUGGAAUGUUCACAGAACCCACUUAGCAUUUCAAAAUAUCAAAAUGACAAGGAGGUCAUGGAUCUUUUCAAUAAAAUAUCAGAACUCUUCCCUGUAGUGUCUGGUCCACCUUGACCCUGUUCGUUCAUCCUUAUUUUCUAUCUGCCGGUCUAAAUGGGUUCAACAUUUCUUUUCCAUGCUCAAGGUGUGGUUAGAAGUUAGAACAGAAUCUAAAGCCUGCAUGACCGGACAUACUCUCUCUUCCUCGUGGCCUGGCCACAUACUGAGAUGCUUCUCGCCGCAUCCCUGUUCUGAAUCGGUACGGCCAGUCCUCGUAAACUGAGUUCACCCUUGAGAGUUCUCUCCCCCCAUCUCAUGGUUAAAUACAUAUGUACAUGGUUGACAAGUUUUGGUGAUGGCUUCUAUGUUGUUUUCUUAGUUGUGAUCGGUAGUUAAACUAGUUACUCUCCCACUUUGUUGUAUUUAAGAUGAUCAAUUCUGCUCAUAUAUACUUCACUACGGAUCUGACUA